CCCUCUCUACCUCUACCUCUACCUCUACCUCUCCUCCACCAACAUCUACCAACCCUCGUCGCAUCUAUCAACACCAUCGACGUUCAUCAUCACAACAUCGCCUGCUACUGCGCGCCCCUACCCUGGGCUUCUUCCGCGACCCACCAUCCCUCCAUCUAGGACGUCGCGAUCAUGAACCACGGAUAUCCUCCCCGCGGCAUCGUCCCUCAAGGCGGGCCCAGCCAGCGCCUGAACGAGCUUCUCGAUAACAUUCGCGCCGAAUUCGAGACCGAAUCGCAGCGCAGCGUCGAUUAUGAAGGCCAGAUCACCCGACAUAUCCAGGAGAUCGAGAUGAUCCGCAGCAAGGUCUACUCCCUUGAGCAAUCGCACGUACAAGUCAAGGCGAAGUACGAAGACGAAAUUGCCCGUUUGCAACGAGAGCUAGAGGCCCGCGGCGGACCUAGCCAAUCCUCACAACACCAUGUCCCCUCCCAGCCUCCGCCGCCCUCCAUCGGCCACGGUCCCAGCAAUCUGUUUGGUGGCAUCAUGGCCGGCAGCGCUUCACAGGGAGGGCCAGGACUUGCUCCUCCCCCACAAGAACCACCGCAGCCUCAAGGACUGCCACCUCAUAUGGGUCCCCAGGGUCCCCCUGGCUUGAACCCUGCUCCUGGGCCUCCUCAGCAUUUCGGUGGGUACCAACCUGGCCCGUCCUCAGCAGUUAAUGGAUAUGGACAACCUCCACAGCCCACUGCUUCCCCAGGUGGCAAGCCUCGCCCCCCGCCACGAGGCCCUCCAGGACCUGCCACUCCUCAGCAGAACGCUGCUGCCACAUACCCCGGGUCUCCCCAGGUUCCUCGACCAACCCCUCCGCCUCAUGCGCAACAGAAUGGAUUGGUUGCUCAACCCCAACCCCACGUUCCUUUGAGCCAGAGCAACACUUUGGCCGACCUUGACAUCGAGCAGUUGCCGGAGAACCUGAAGAAGGAAGGAAAUGACUGGUUCGCCGUCUUCAACCCGCGCGCCAGGCGUGUCCUCGACGUUGAUCUGAUCCACAACUUGCCUCACCAGAGUGUGGUCUGCUGCGUUCGCUUCAGCCAUGAUGGCCGCUACGUUGCCACCGGAUGCAACCGUUCGGCCCAGAUCUUUGACGUUGAGACCGGCCAGCCGGUUGCGCACCUGCAGGAUGGCAGCCUCCCCGAAGAUGGAGAUCUGUACAUUCGCAGCGUCUGCUUCAGCCCUGACGGCCGCUACUUGGCCACCGGUGCCGAGGACAAAGUCAUCCGAGUGUGGGACAUCCAAAGCCGCCAGAUCAAGCAUCAGUUCACUGGCCACGAGCAGGAUAUCUACUCUCUGGACUUUGCUCGCAACGGUCGCAUCAUUGCUUCCGGAAGCGGUGACAGGACCGUUCGCCUUUGGGACCUCGAAGAGGGUCGCCAAGUGCUCCACCUCUCCAUUGAAGACGGCGUCACGACCGUUGCCAUCUCCCCCGACAGCCGUUUCGUCGCUGCCGGAUCAUUGGACAAGAGCGUGCGCGUUUGGGAUACCAGCAGCGGCCAGCUUGUUGUCCGCCUGGAAGGCGAGCACGGCCACAAGGACAGUGUCUACUCUGUUGCAUUCGCCCCGUCUGGCGACAAAUUGGUCAGUGGUAGUUUGGAUAAAACUAUCAAGAUGUGGGAGUUGACCGCUCCGCCACGCAUGGUCCCAGGAGGCGGCCCGGCUGGCAAGUGCAUCCGCACUUUCGAGGGACACAAGGACUUCGUCCUCAGUGUCGCUCUUACACCCCAUGGCGACUGGGUACUCAGUGGAUCUAAGGAUCGUGGUGUCCAAUUCUGGGAUCCUCACUCUGGUGUUGCCCAGCUCAUGUUGCAAGGCCACAAGAAUUCCGUUAUCUCGGUUGCACCAAGCCCAACUGGUGGCCUAUUCGCCACAGGCAGCGGCGACAUGCGUGCCAGAAUCUGGAGGUACAGUCAACUUUCCUAGUCCGUUCAGGCCGCGCAAUCCAUCGAAUGCGUUUCGAGAGGACGACGAUGUAUGGGUUUUGUCGGGCUCUGCGAGCGUUGUCCGGAUGCCGAUAAGCACGGUCACGUGCUGCAUCCUCUUCUCUCCUCGCUCUGGGGAGGUGCGGCGAACAGUCAACCCCCACACCCCACGAGUGGUCUGAAGGGGAGCGGUGCAGCUGCAGUUUGCUCUGCAGUUGGAGUUGCAGUCAUGGGCAGCGGGCUUCCGUCAGCUGCGUUGGGGCGCCGGGCGUUGUGUUUGGCGAACUGCCCAGUCGUAUGCAAGAUUGAUCUCGCGUCAUGCACUGCAAUU